CCUUCAUUUUAACUCAAAACUCCCCAAUUUCUUAUUAACCUCUGCCGCCAACAAAAACCAAACAACCAAAAAUAGCUUUAAAGCACUUACCUCCUUAUCAUCUCAAAAAAUGCCGAGAAAGGGAAUGAGGAGCCUUUGCUUCAGCCCCAGAACGCCGUCGUUUUCCGUCUCUCGCCAUUUCAUGUCACCUUCAAGAACUUCGCUAUCCAGUACUCCUCGCCGUAGAUUCACCGAAUCCAUGAUCGAGCAAACCAUCGACGCCGCCGCUACAAUCAUCAUGAAAUGGGAUGCUGAAACGUCAGCUUACGCUAGAGUGACCUCUCUUUUUUACGAAAGCAAAAGAGAAGCCAUGCAGUUCAUCAGAUCCGUCAACGAGCUACAAAAAACCAUGCAUUUGUUAGUUUCUGAACAAGAUUCCCGUUCGGAAAAGCUCAUUCAAGCUCAAAAUUUGAUGCAAAUCGCAAUGAAGAGGCUUCAAAAAGAGUUUUACCAGAUUUUAUCAAUGAAUCGGGCUCAUUUGGAUCCAGAAUCGGUUUCCGCCCAAUCAUCACGGACCUCCACAAGAUCAAGCACGUCGGAUUUCGAAGAUGACGGUUCACGGGACGAUGAGAUCCGCACCGCAGGGAAUUCCAUCUCUGAAGUAGAAGAAGUUUCUUCUAUGGCUAUGUCCGAUUUGAAAUUGAUAGCGGAUUGCAUGAUCGCUUCUGGUUACGCUAAAGAAUGCAUGCAUAUUUAUAAAAUAAUUCGAAAAUCGAUUAUCGAUGAAGGUAUUUAUAAGCUCGGAAUCGAGAAAAUAAGCUCGUCUCAGGUUAAUAAAAUGGAAUGGGAUGUACUGGAUUUGAAAAUCAAGAACUGGUUAGAAGCCGUGAAGAUUUCAACGAGGACGCUUUUCACUGGAGAAAGAAUCCUCUGCGAUCAAGUGUUUGCUUCGUCGGAUUCCAUCAAAGAAUCUUGCUUUACGGAGAUUUCAAAAGAAGGAGCCACGCUUCUGUUUGGAUUCCCCGAGCUAGUUGCCAAGACAAAAAAAUCGCCGCCAGAGAAAAUGUUCCGUGUUCUCGACAUGUACACGGCUAUUUCAGGGGACUGGCAAGAGAUUCAAACAAUCUUUUCUUUUGAAUCGACUUCAGCCGUCCGAUUACAAGCUCUUAACUCGCUGGUUCGACUCAGCGAGUCAGUGCUGUCGCUGUUGAUGGAUUUUGAGUCCACAAUCCAAAAGGAUUCGUCGAAAGCGUUGAUUCCUGGAGGCGGCCUGCAUCCCCUAACAAUCUACUCGGUGAAUUACCUCACUCUCCUCGCUGAUUACAGCAACAUCCUCACCGACAUUAUCUCAGAUUGGCCACCACCUGCGAAAUCAUCGUUACCGGCAUCUUUCUUCUACAGUCCUGAUUCCGAAGAAUCUCCAGCGCCGGCGAUCUCCGUCCGCAUUGCCUGGCUCAUCCUCGUCCUACUCUGCAAACUUGACGGCAAAGCAAAGCGUUACAAAGAUGUCUCAUUGUCAUACCUAUUUUUAGCCAACAAUCUCCAACAUGUAAUCUCCAGAGUCCGUACGUCGAAUCUCCAGUACUUGCUCGGCGAAGAAUGGAUCACAAAACACGAAGCUAAGGUCAGACAGUUCGCGGCGAAUUACGAGCGGUUAGCAUGGGGCCACGUGUUCGCUUCAUUGCCAGAGAAUCCAACGGUUUCGAUGACACCGGGGGAAGCUAAAGAGUGUUUCAGGAAAUUUAAUUCAAGCUUUGAAGAUGCGUACCGGAAGCAAAGUUCUUGCAUCGUACCCGAUUCGAAAUUGCGAGACGACAUUAAGGUUUCCAUCGGGAGAAAACUCGUCACAGUAUAUCGGGAGUUUUACAAUACGCAUAAAUCAACGGUUGGUGAUGAAAGGAGCGCGAGAUUAUUUGUCAGAUUUUCCCCUGAAAACGUAGGGAAUUACUUGUCGGAAUUGUUCUUUGCGACGGUUAGUUCCGGAAGUUCAUCUAUGUCUUCUUCCACGUCUUCUCAUCAUCGGCGGCAUAAGCGGUCACCUUUAAGAAUGUAGAAGUUUUUUUUUUUUUUUUUUUAAUAAAAAAUUAUGACGAUUUUUUUAUAAUCGUCAAAAUCGGCUGUCUUUUUUAUGCAGUUGUAUAACGACUUUUUUUAAGUUUUAACGGCUUUCUUAUGUGUGUGUUAUUGAUAAGAUUGGCCGUUCACAUCGGUUUAUUGUGUAUACAGCACAGAUUUGAGAUUCAUAUCUCUUUCUGCUCAUUGCUGAUUUUACGUACUUCAGCUUGAGAAUACAA